CAUUAAGUACAGUGCAAUUAAAUUCACACAAUUAAUUAUUUUAAUUCUCCUGAACAUACUGUCCAUGUUCAACCGAACGUUAUAAUGAUAAGUUCAAAGGAAAUAAGACCAUAAGCAGUGGCAAAAUAGUACACUUUCAAUAUUUUUUAAUUAACCAGCUGAUUUUUGUUACUUUGAUUGACUCUUAACUUUAGCGACUAUGGUUUUUAGGUUAACUAAUGUAUUUUUAUGAUUAAACUUAGGAUAAACAAUAUAACGUUUAAUUUAUUACCUGGAUGUUAAAAGUGAUGGAAGAUUUUAUUUAAACUGCACUCAAGUUUACAAUGGCGUUAUAUACGAGAAAUAUAUUGCAUAGUUUGUGCGUGAAUAUUCGUAAUUUAUCGGGUUUUCAUAAUAAUUCCAAUAUUAUUUUAAAACAAGUUCAACCCGGUAUCCAACAUAUUCCACAGCGUUUACUAUUUUGGGAGAGAGACAGGAAAGGUGGUUACAAAACUGAAAAAGAGGUAUCUACAUUGGAACACAUAAAAUUAGGUUACAAGGAAAUAAAACAGGAAUUCCAACUACUGAAACAAGAAAUUAGGGAGUUCAUUGUAACUGACCCCUUGUUAGUUGCAAGACCAGGCGAAACCGACCUAAUAUGGUGUUUUAACAAGCCGGAAGUGCUAGAGAAGUUUGUGACUACCAGUGACAGCGAUCAUAAUGAGGGUUACAGCUCGUGCAAGUUGGAGAUGAGCAGCGCGGGACGGGCUCGUUUCCACGGGAACCUGGAUCUUCGCGUACCUAAGGACGGCCGCAUAAAGAAGGCUGGGUACUGCGCCAUGAGGUCUGCUCGUAUUCGGAAAUCCUUCAAACGUGAAUCUACUUACGACUGGAAUUUGUACAAUACGCUGGUCCUGAAAAUACGUGGCGACGGCAGGUCUUAUUUACUGAACAUAUCUUGCGAAGGGUACUAUGAUAUAACCUGGAACGAUAUUUACCAUUAUGUGCUGUAUACAAGAGGAGGACCCUAUUGGCAAUUAACUAAGAUACCGUUUUCAAAAUUUGUUCUGGGGUCGAAGGGUCGUUUGCAAGACAAGCAGAGUAGGAUGCGGCUCGACAGAAUCACACAUUUUGGUAUUGCUUGCGGUGACAAGAUACCCGGAAAGUUUGACUUAGAAAUUGAAUAUGUUGGCUUGGAGUUCGAUCCGACACACGACGAAGAGUUUGCUUAUGAAAUGUACAAAACUGAUAAAUUUAUUGUUGGUGUUUAGUUUUGUUUAAAUUAAGAGUAUUUUAUAAAUA